CAGAACCACUCACUCCCACUCCCACUCCAACUCCGUUUCAAAUUCUUCCUCUCAUCUUCCCCUCAGUUUGAAAUCCCCAAUUAAGAUCAAUUUCAGUACAAGGUGAUGGAAGAGGCCUACAAUGAGGUGAUGCGGAUAAUGGCGGAAGAACAGGACGGGUGGUCAACGCCUACUCGUGGGGAAUGCCGGAUACCGGCGGCUUCGGCGUGUCCUCCACCGCCGAAGAAGAAGUCGUUAUCGUUCGGGAAGAAGAGGGAGCCGCCAAAGGAUGGGUAUUUCAAGCCACCUGAUCUCGAACUGUUCUUCUCGAUGUUUACCCGAAGACAAGCUUGUUCUUAGGUAGGUAGGUAGGUAGUCGCCCCUGAUCGGAACUCCUUUUGGUUUUUGUUGAUCGACUUUUUUUUUUUUUUGGUUGGGUCUCAACAAAAACUGAUGUUUAUAUUGUACAAUUAUAUCGAUCUUUUUGGUUUUUCUGCCUAUGGGGCUAUUAAAAUAUUAGGGUUUGUAUAUUAUUCUCUCGACGUAUCUAUAAUAUGUAAACCAUUAAUGGCGACCUCACUCCUCUGUAUAGUUUCCAAUCUUUCUUCUUCUUCUUCUUCUUCUUCUUCUUUUUCAUGUUUAGUUUCGUCCUUUUGGUCCCUGUUUCAGAACAUCGAGGGAGGGAACCGUGGGAAGUGAGAACUGGAAUAUGGACGUGCCCUGUGGGUUGAAAUUGGAAUGUCUUUGAGUCCAAUAUGGAAUUUGGUUGGGUUACAAAGAUGUCAGGCCCAAUGGGCCUGGAUAAUAUAAUAAUCCAAAGCUA